AUGUCGCAGAAAGGCGAGGUACAAAUUACGAACGCGCCGGUGGACGUGAUAUCGGCCGCCAAGUUUGCGCCAUCCAGCAACCAGUUCCUGCUCGUUUCGUCGUGGGACACCAGCGUGCGGCUGUACGAUGUGACCAGCAACACAUUGCGCCACAAGUUCUUUCACUCUUCGCCCGUUUUGGACUGCUCGUUUCUGGACUCGGUCAAAACGGUAAGCGGCGGACUGGACAAUGGCGUGAAGCUGUACGAUCUGAACACACACAUCGAGAGCAACCUCGGUUCGCACGAUGCAGCGGUCAAGUGCGUGGAGUACUCGUCGAUGGUGAACGGCAUCCUGACCGGCAGCUGGGACCGCACGGUGAAGCUGUGGGACGCCCGGGAGCGGGAGUGUGUCGGGUCGUACGAGCAGAGCGGUGGCAAGGUGUACGCGAUGAGCUGCAUCGAGGAGAAGCUGGUGGUGGCCACCUCGGAGCGCAAGGUGUUGAUCUGGGACCUGCGCCACAUGGGCAACUACACCGAGCGGCGCGAGUCUUCGCUCAAGUACCAGACCCGCUCGGUGCGCUGCUUCCCGAACAGGGAGGGCUACGUGAUGGGCUCGAUCGAGGGCCGUGUGGCGGUCGAGUUCUUCGACGUCAGCCCGGAGGUGCAGGCGAAGAAGUACGCCUUCAAGUGCCACCGGGGCAAAGUGAACAAUGUGGAACACAUCUACCCGGUGAACGCGAUCAGCUUCCACAACACGUACAACACCUUCGCGACCGGUGGUUCCGAUGGCUACGUGAACAUCUGGGACGGGUUCAACAAGAAGCGACUCUGCCAGUUCCAUCUGUACGACACAUCCAUCUCUAGCCUGUGCUUCAGCAACGACGGAACCACCCUGGCCAUCGCCUGCUCGUACAUGGACGAAGCAGAGCAACCGCCGGAACCGUACCCGACGCCGACACUCUACGUGCGGUACGUGAACGAGCAGGAAACACGCCCCAAAUAGGUGGAGCGGCCAUUGGCGCCUAGUGUGGCCCAUAGAGUAACAGUGAUGCUUCUAAUCUAAA